AUGAUUCAAGACCUGUGGUUGCUAGCAAAUUGUUUGCUAAAAUCUGAGCUAUGGGCGUUGAGGAACAAGGCCGUUUUUGAGCAAAAGAAGCCAAAUUGGAGCAUGUUCUACAGGCGUGUUUUGAAAUUGAUUCAAGACUAUUCUGUGAAACUUAAGAGAAAUAUGAAAUUCUGCGUGGAGGAAAUGAGAAUUAUGGAUUAUUUCCGUGUUUUGCACAGGCGUAUAAAACUUCAUCAGCCGGUGGAAUGCUAUUGGGUUCCUCCAAAUGAAGAUGAAAUUAUUUUAUGUUGUGACGGUGCGGCAAGGGGAAACUCAGGUGUAGAAGGGGAGGGAGUUGUGGCGAGAGAUGCUUCUUGUAAUGUUUUCGGAGCUAUGUCUAUUGGCCUAGGAGUAACCACUAAUUUUUUGGAAGAACUCUACGGCAUUAUUACUGGGCUAGAAUGGGCAAUUAGAUGGGGAGUUAGAAGAGUUUUUAUUCGUUUUGAUUCUUCCAGUGUUAUUGAAGCAUUUAGAAACUCUAAUUUACCUUGGUUUUCAAGACAAAGGUGGUUAGAUAUUAAUAGAAAUUAUGAAUCUAUCAGGUUUAUUCAUACUUACAGGGAAGCAAAUUUUGCAGCGGAUUCUAUGGAUAAGAAGGGUUGUUAUCUUGCGAGUGGUGUUGGUUUACACUAUGACGCGAGGCCUCAUUUUAUGAAUUCAGUUGAAUAUCCAAACGUUGUUUAUUAUAGAUUCAAAUAG